UUAAUUAGCUCGGGCUCAUCAACCAUGCAUGUACCUGGCCAAUUUCUGGCUCUGAUAAUAUAAACAAUUUGACGAGAUUGUCCUUUGAUUUCUUGUAAUGUGGAAGCGGAAACCACUCCAUUAUUUUGCUAUAUAAACACCUCAUGAAAGCUUUGCAGCAGAACAAAAGAACCAGACCUCACCUGACCCAAUUAAUUAAGCUGGCAUGAGCUCCAUGGCCAUGAAUCGCUGCUGCUUCUUCUUCUUCUUCGUCGCCGGCUGGGCCGCCGUCGUCUUCCCCGGCGGCGCGGCCGGCGCCGGGCUGAAGGUCGGGUUCUACAGCAAGACGUGCCCGUCGGCGGAGUCCCUGGUGCAGCGGGCGGUGGCCGCCGCCUUCAGGAACAACAGCGGCGUCGCCGCCGGUCUCAUCCGGCUGCACUUCCACGACUGCUUUGUCAGGGGGUGCGACGGGUCAGUGCUGAUCGACCCGGUGGCGAACAGCAGCGUGCGCGUGGAGAAGCAGGCCAUCCCCAACAACCCCAGCCUCCGGGGCUUCGACGUCGUCGACGCCGCCAAGGCCGCCGUCGAGGCCGCCUGCCCGCGCACCGUCUCCUGCGCCGACAUCCUCGCCUUUGCCGCCCGCGACAGCGUCGCGCUCUCCGGCAACGUCACCUACAGGGUCCCCGCGGGCCGCCGCGACGGCAACGUCUCCCUCGAGGGCGACGCGCUGGCCAACCUCCCGGCGCCCUUCUCCAGCGCCGCCGAGCUCGUCGGCAACUUCAGCCGCAAGAACCUCACCGCCGAGGACAUGGUCGUCCUCUCCGGCGCCCACACCAUCGGCGUCUCCCACUGCUCCUCCUUCACCAACCGCCUCUACGGUUUCAGCGCCGGCAGCGACGUCGACCCGACCAUCAGCCCGGCCUACGCGUUCCUCCUCCGCGCCGUCUGCCCCUCCAACAGCAGCCAGUUCUUCCCCAACACGACGGUGGACAUGGACGUGAUCACCCCGGCGGCGCUGGACAACAAGUACUACGUCGGGCUCGCCAACAACCUGGGCCUCUUCACGUCGGACCAGGCGCUGCUCACCAACGCCACGCUCAGGGCGUCGGUGGACGAGUUCGUGAAGAGCGAGCGGAGGUGGAAGAGCAAGUUCGUGAAGGCCAUGGUGAAGAUGGGCGGCAUCGAGGUGCUCACCGGGACGCAGGGUGAGGUCCGGCUCAACUGCAGGGUCGUCAACAGGAGGAGCACCACUGCCGCUGCCACUGACACUGCUGGCGCUGAGCUUGAGCUCACCGCCGUGGCCGGCUCUGACGACGACGACGUUUCAUCUGCGGUGGCAGCAAGUUAGGUAGCUCAAAACUGCAAUUUUUCUCCUUCUUCAGAGGUUCAGUAAAUAAAAAGUCUCUGAUCAGUGUUGCUAGCUGCUGCUUUUCACAAGAAUAAAAGCUGCUGGAGAGGAUGUUUUUCUUCCUUUUUCUGCCUUUUCUUUGUUUCAUUUCGCUUGUGUGUUUUGGUGAGUGCUUGGUGUGAAACUGUGAAUCUGUCAUAAAUCAAUAAAAUAUACCACAUCCAGUUUUUA